ACUAUGACACUGGUUGGACUCCAGCCACUUGACCGCGAUGGAAUUGCGACUACUGGUUUCGUUCCUAUCCCUCCUCAGGAACAUCCUACCACAGCGAGUGACGCGUUGCAAUAUGCAGCACAAGAGGACAAUUCGACAGGUGUCCUUACCAAGAACCGAGCUGUCAUAGUCAUAGCCCAAUUGAUUGGCUUACAGCUGUUCACUAGCUUUUGUAACGGCAUUAUAGUCGUCGGUCUUCCAGCUAUCGCUAGCACAGUGCAUCUCGACGACAACCUCCUCCUCUGGCCCACAUCUGCAUUCUAUCUUACCGCUGGUUCUUGCCUCAUGCUGGCUGGAUCAAUCACGGAUGUGAUCGGUACCAGGCCUCUGAUCUUGGCGGCGAAUAUCCUCCUGGUCGCAACGGCUCUCGGCUGCGGUCUUGCACAAACAGGAGGUGAACUUGUCACUUUUCGCGCUUUGCAAGGUGUUUGCAAUGCCAUGGCUAUUCCCGCUUCCAUCUCUGUCAUAUCAACAAGUGUAGCUACAGGCCGCGCUCGUAACCUUGGCUUUGCGUGUCUUGGAUUCUCAGGACCACUUGGAUUCUUACUUGGGCUUGUUCUCGGCGGUCUGGUUCACCCUCAGGGUGUUCUGAGAGCUGACAAAAACAGAAUGUUAUCAUCCAACACGGACAACAUUCGAAAAGUCCCAAACAUUAUACUCUUGGUUCUGGGCAUCGCUUGCAUUCCGGCUUUCAUCUGUUGGAUGAGCUACCAAGUGAAGCAUGAGCGUCCAGCCCUCAUACCCAACGCACUUUGGCGGAACGCUAGCUUUACAAGUGUCUGCUUUAUGAUUACGUUUGCAAGCGCAGUUCAAGGCAUCUCAGCGCUGGGGACUUCACUGCGCAUCCUUCCCGCCCUCGUCAUGGCUGUCUUGGUAAACAUCACAUGUGGUUAUUUUGUCAAUCGCAUGCCGGUCAUGUGGGUGGUGGUUGUCUCCUCGGGAUUGUCUGCCGUCUCACCACUUCUCAUGGCUCUAGUCAGACCUGAAUGGUCAUAUUGGCACAUGUCGUUCAUUGCACAGGUGCUGCAACCAUUCAGUACCGAUGUACUCUUUACGAUUGGCAUCUUGGUCAUCUCUGCCGUCUUUCCUCCUCGUACGCAAGCGCUCGGCGGUGCAGUCUUCAAUACAUGCUCCCAGCUCGGCACUUCGAUCGGAUUGACCAUCACGGCGGUUGUUGCCGACUCUCGUACCGCUGCCACUACCUCAGAUGACUUGUCACACACUCUAAUGGUAGGAUAUCGUCUAGUCUUCUGGGUCUUGUUUGGAUGGAUGGUGUUGGUCUGUCUCACAGGCGCAUUCGGGCUAAGGAAUAUAGGUAAAAUUGGCACUAAACAAGACUAA